AAGAUGUGUUUUGAAUUAUUAUGCAGCUUAAUUAUAACCAAAUGAGCACGAGCUGUUGGGGAGAAACUGCUCUAUCAGUGGAAGAAAAGAAAUAGACCCAUGCGUAAAAGUUUUGUCGUGCAUAAAAGUGACAGGAAAUAAAUAGAAAGUUGUUAGAUGCCAUAUUUAUUUAAAUCAAAAAAACAAACACAUGCAGUGCAUCUACACAAAAUACCAAAUAGAAACAAAUAAGCAGGAUGUAUUGUGGAGAAAUCAGUGGACAUGAUGAGUGCGUAAUUGUUUCGUCGUGCGUAAAAGUGAUCGGAAAAUAACAGAAAGUUGCAGAAAUUGCUUUAAAUUGAAUCACAGAUGAAAACAUUUGGUGCAUCUCUGCAACAAAUACCAAACAACAGUGCAAUAAACUUCACAAGUUGUCCUAUAGAAUUCAGUCCGUGUGGCCCCUGAACUCCCCAGAGUAAAUAAAUAAAAAGCUAGCAAGGAUUUUCUGGACAGCUGAUGGCCACGUGGUCCGCAUGGGCCAGCAAUGCAGAUUGCGCAGCACGCACAGCGUUCUGGCACGCGCUGUUCAUUUGCAUUUGUAUGGGGGGCCGUGAUAAUAGAGGGCUUCUGCGCGCACAAUGAGGCCGUUUUAUGGCCAGCCUCUAGUCCACAGAUGGCAUCAUCCACCUGCCCUUUCUCUCUGCUGCUGGGGGAGAGGGGGGGAGGGGCCCUUCACACUUUCUCCAUGUUGUUUCUGAAAUACUAUCAGCAUAAGUCUAACAUGCAAAAAACAUUAUUGAGAGUUUGUUGGGUUUUCUUUCAGUGGAGUUCAUUCAUCAGUAUUUAGGCUAUUUAGUUUGUGGCAUGUUGAGCUGAGUUUCAAAAGGUCUGAAAAUAGUUUUUUCGUUCCUAAAAAGAACAAUAAGACGCUUCUGUGCAGUUUUUAGACUUCAUGCCAACUUUAGAAGAACUUUUAGAGUUCUUAUAAUUGCAUGGAUAAAUGAACUUGGUGUUCAGCAUGUAGUUCUGCAAGCACAAUCACCUGCUGUGUUUCCUUUCAUUUGCACCAAUUUAGUGCUGCAGAGUGAUCAAACUUUUUUUUAAAAGAAGCUAUUUUUAGUUUCAGGCCCGGCUGCUGCGCGCAGAGGGGGAGCGUGCGUGGCUCGAUGACCCCCAUCAAUCUGCCACGAGCCAGAGUGUGACAAUAGCAUUAUCAUACCAAUACACCAUUCAGCUUCAGCCAAUCAGGGCGCUGCGCUUUCACUGCGCCGCACGAGCUGGAGAGUAUAAAACAGGGAGGCUGCGAGUUUGAAAGCACUCUGCUCCCUCUCCGGAUUUACUCUCCGAUCCAACUCUCUACAACGCUUCCUUUUUGGAAUAUCUUCAUCUUCAUCAUGACUCUUGAGGAGGUUCUGAUCCAGAAACCUACCGAGCGUGCUCAGUGCACCGGCAAAGCCCUGGAGGAGGUCCUGGUGUCCGCUAAAGACAACGACUCCCUCACCGUCGGUGUCUACGAGAGCGCAAAAGUAAUGAAUCUUGACCCGGACAGUGUGUCUUUCUGCGUCCUGGCCACGGAUGAGGAGUUCGAGUGUGACAUCGCUCUCCAGAUCCACUUCACCCUCAUCCAGUCCUUCUGCUUCGACAACGACAUCAGCAUCGUCAGAGUGAGCGACAUGCAGCGUCUGGCUGAGAUCGUUGGUGACAAGGCGGAGCAGCUUGAAGACGCUCACUGCGUCCUCAUCACGAACCCAGCUGACGGGUCUUGGGAGGACCCUGCUCUGGAGAAGCUGCACCUGUUCUGUGAGGAGAGCCGCCGUCUGAACGACUGGGUCCCUGAGAUCAGCCUCCCCGAGCGUUGAUCUGGGCCUCGGCUCCUCUCUUGCUCAGAUGCUGUGAAGCUUCUUAUCUGGAAAUACUCAUCCUGAUGAACAGGAUGAACCUGUUUCUGCUCAUCCCUGGAUACUCCUGAGGAGGAUUCCCGUCCAGGCAGCACGGCGCCGGCCCGAGGAGGGCCCCCGUGAA